UGUCCCUCGGACACAGCGGAUCACCAAUCACGAAAAGAGCCGAAGAUGUCGGCUCAGUCAUGUGAUCAGCUGUGUCCAAUCACAGCUGAUCACAUGGGACAUCUACACUGAUCAUCGUGGCACUGAUGAUCAGUGUGCCCUGAUGAUCAGUGUGGCCCCAGAUGUACCACCUGUCAGUGUCCAUCAGUGCCAGUGCCCAUCAGUGCCACCUGUCAGUGCCCAUCAGUGCCACAUAUCAGUGCCCAUCUGAGCUGCCUUUCAGUGUCACCCAUCAGUGCCAGUCAGUGCCACCUAUCAAUGCCAAUCAGUGCCACCUAUCAGUGCUGCCAAUCAGUGCCACCUAUCAGUGCCAGUCAGUGCCGCCUAUCAGUGCCAGUCAG